CUGCUCUCUGGCUUCACGACACUCAUACGCCGCAUAUGGCCACACGGUACUAAACCUGAACUAAAUACACUACAGUCAUAUUUUCUGACGCUUCUUGGAGUCACUUCCAUGGCCACAUGACAUUCUGCUGAGAUGAAGAAGACUUGAUCGCGGGUGCUGUCGGAUGCAGGCAGGUGUUGUGCUCUGGAGCAGUGGGUACUGGGUAGGACUGCAGGUAUGGACACCUGGACACCCAACCCGAAAGCCAAACCCUUCAUCCCCCGUCAGCAGCGCAGCCUGUACCUCACCUGGAAAUACAGACUUACUAACAAAAGAGCAGUACGACGAAUCUGCCAGGCCAGUGCUGUUCUCUUUCUACUGAUCACAGUUUUUGUGAAUAUCAAACUCAUUCUUGAUACAAGAAGAGUUGCGAAUGAGGAUGAUGUGGCUCAAGAUUAUGAAGAUGCACUGCCCAACAUGGAGACUCCACGCAGACCAGCCAGCGGGAGGAAGAUUUUGGAUAUUGAAGUGUACUCAAGUCGCUCUAAGGUCUAUGUGGCGGUUGAUGGCACCACUGUUUUGGAAGAUGAGAUUAGGGAGCAAGGCAGAGGCAUACACGUUAUAGUUCUAAAUCAGGCCACUGGUCAUGUGAUGGCCAAAAGAGUAUUUGACACAUAUUCCCCUCAUGAGGAUGAAGCUAUGAUCCUCUUCCUAAAUAUGGUCACACGUGGAAGAAUCUUCAUCUUCACUGUUAAGGAUGAGGGUACUUUCCAUCUGAAAGAUGCUGCAAAGAACCUUUUGAAAGGUUUGGGAAGUCCGGUGGCUGUCACCUUAGGCUGGAGAGAUAUGUGGACUCUGGUUGUAAAGAAGGGAGGUCAAGUGUAUGGGGAGAAGCACUCUAAGUCUCCAGCUCUUUCUACUUGGGGCGAUCCUGUGCUGUUGAAAACUGAGGUUCAGCUAACUGCUUCUGAAGAGGCGGAGUGUCAUUGGGUCGAUACAGAACUGAACCGCCGGAGGAAACUUUUCUGCAGUAAAGUGGAAGGAUACGGUAGUAUUUGUAGCUGCAAGGAUCCGGCACCUAUAGAAUUCAAUCCAGACCCACUGCCUAAAAACAAUGUCUACAACAUCCCAGUUGCCGUUAUAGCUGGAAAUAGACCAAACUAUCUAUAUAGAAUGUUGCGCUCUUUGCUCUCCUCCCAUGGUGUCAAUCCACAGAUGAUCACUGUUUUUAUCGAUGGGUAUUAUGAGGAACCUAUGGAUGUGGUGGAGCUUUUUGGUCUCAAAGGAAUUCAGCAUACGCCUAUCAGUAUUAAGAAUGCUAGAGUAUCACAGCACUACAAAGCCAGUUUAACUGCAACAUUCAAUCUGCAUCCAGAUGCAGAUUUUGCCAUUGUCCUGGAGGAGGAUCUGGACAUUUCAAUAGAUUUCUUCAGCUUUCUCAGCCAGACCAUCCAUUUGUUGAGUGACGAUGAUAGUCUGUACUGUAUCUCAGCCUGGAAUGACCAAGGCUAUGAACACACAGCAGAGGAUUCCUCUUUGCUCUACAGAGUUGAAAGUAUGCCUGGCCUCGGCUGGGUGCUUAAAAAAAGCAUUUACAAGGAUGAACUGGAACCCAAAUGGCCGACUCCCGAGAAACUUUGGGAUUGGGACAUGUGGAUGAGGAUGCCAGAACAGAGGAAAGGGAGAGAGUGUAUUAUCCCUGAUGUCUCUCGCUCAUAUCACUUUGGUAUCAUUGGCCUGAACAUGAAUGGUUACUUCCAUGAAGUUUACUUUAAAAAGCACAAGUUCAACACAAUUCCUAAUGUACAGAUGAAAAACACCGACAGCUUGAAGAAAGAUGCUUAUGAGAUUGAAAUCCAGAACCUACUACGUGAAGCUGAGGUCCUGGACCACAGUAAAAACCCAUGUGAAGACUCCUUUAUCCCAGAUACUGAGGGAAAGACCUUUCUGAUGUUCAUCAAAAUGGAGGAGGAAACAGACACAAACACCUGGACUGAACUGGCAAAGUGCUUGCAUGUGUGGGACCUGGAUGUACGAGGUUACCACAAAGGGCUGUGGAGGCUCUUCAGAAAAAAGAACCACGUCUUAGUAGUGGCUGUUCCAAUCUCACCCUACUCUGUUAGGAAGCCCAAUAAUGUCACUCCCAUUCACUUGGAGCCAGCACCUAAAGAAGAGGGACCUCCUAUGGAACAGAUUUAGAAACACUACUUUACUUAUCCCAGCCGGGGUCCUCUUCAAACCCCUGACAGACAAGGCCUGCGUCAGGCCGACACUGGGCCUUAUGUUACUCUUCAGGCCAUCAUAAGAAGAAGAGAGUGAAUUGUGGGAUGAACCUCUCUGAACUGUCCUAUGCUGCUGGUAUCUUCUGACCUUCAGGCUCUUUUAAACUAGAGUGAUGUGAGAUCUUCUGAAAUGGCAUGUUUCGGAACCUUCCCUCUGUUGGUAUGUUUAUAUGUUUCGGGAGGUGUUUAUGAGGUCAUGAAAUUUCAUGUGUGUUUAUGUUGGGAGGUUUUUCCACUAGAAAAGAUGUUUUAAAAAGACUUGCUGGUAACAGAGUAAAGGUUGACGGUUUGAGUUGCUGAAUGUGACAGCAGAUACAUCAAAUUGAGAUAGAAAGGGAUUAAGGAUAUGGCAGGCAUGAUGCCUUUUAGUUACACUACUGAUGUGCAUUGGUCUAUCCUGCACAUAUGUUUUAACUUAUGUCUAUUUAUUUUGUCAAUAUCACCAGGUUUCAUUUUUUUAUGAAAUGGCUUUUACACAAGAACUGUAUGUUAAACUACAAAUGCUUGAAUUUGUUUACAUAUAAAAUAAUCUACAGUCAUAUAUAUUUUUAAAUCAAAUGAUUGUCAUGGUAUUUUUAAUUAUUAAUAUUGGGAUGCUGUGGUUUUAAUUAUUGGUGACUGAGAUCACAAGCAGUUUCCCAAAACUACAAACUUUAUUUUAACUGACUUUGAUGAUGUAUUUAGUCAAGAAAUUAGCUCUGUUGGAAUGAAUUUAGAAAGCUAUAAAAACGAUUAUCAUCAUAAUAUUAAAAUUUGGCAUUCCUCAUUGCCAGAGAACUUGCGGUGAUGUAUUCCUCUUCAAUGAGAAGAUGUAUGUGUCCACACAACCACUAAAUAGCCUUAAGAAUGGGAAGAUCUUUAAACACAAUCGAUGCAAUCUCAGCUGCUUCAUUGAUGUGUCCUGUGUUAACAUUAGCUACUGUAUUUGAGGAAAAUUUUGAAACAUCGAUUUUUCAUGCAAUAAUAGUCAUAUCAUUUCAUGGAUGAGAUUUCAGAAUAUUGGUACAGCAAACAUUGUAUUUACGACUAAGUAUUUUCACAGUAUCUGGGACAUGUGCAAAACCAGAUUAUAAAUGUGUCACAUCUCAUUUUACUGUCAAGAUGAAGAAGUUCUGUUAAUCAAAUACUUCAACAGGCUUCUUGCUUUAGUUUUGUAUCAAAGUUGUUGAAAAUGGUUUGUUUUCAGAUUAAAAAUAAAAUUUUCUUUAAAAAAC